GCCCCAGUUGACGUAGGACCCAAGUCACUUGGGCCCAGGAUGAGCAAGCCGACAGGCCUGCAGCACGACCUGGAACAAAGCCUCCCGGCCAUUGCGUCCAUCAGCACGUCGCUCUCCCAGAGCCAGGGCUUCUCCCCGUACUGCUACUUCUCUCGGGAGAAGAGGAAAGCCAUCUCGGAUGUGAGGAGGACCUUCUGCCUCUUCGUCACCUUCGACCUGCUCUUCAUCUCUCUGCUGUGGAUAAUCGAGUUGAACACCAAGGAUGGCAUUCAGAAGAACCUGGAGAAUGAAAUCAUUGAGUACAAGUUUAAGACCUCUUUCUUUGAUAUAUUUGUCUUGGCUUUCUUUCGGUUUUUUGUGUUGCUGCUGGCCUAUGCAAUCGUAAAGCUGCGCCACUGGUGGGUCAUAGCGGUCACUACAUUGGUAUCCAGUGCCUUCCUGAUUGUGAAGGUCAUCCUCUCUGAGCUUCUGACCAAAGGGGCUUUCGGCUAUUUGCUUCCUAUCGUCUCAUUCGUCAUUGCUUGGCUGGAGACUUGGUUCUUGGAUUUUAAAGUCCUAACUCAGGAAGCAGAAGAGGAGCGAUGGUACCUGGCAGCCCAGGCUGCAGCCUCCCGCGGCCCCCUGCUCUACCCCGGAGCCCUUUCCGAGGGGCAGUUCUAUUCCCCGCCAGAGUCUUUCGCAGGGUCAGACAACGAGUCGGACGAGGAAGGUGCAGGGAGGAAGGCAUUGACAGCUCAGGAGAAAGAGUACGUCCGACAAGGCAAGGAUGCGAUGGAGGUUGUGGACCAAAUCCUCGCCCAGGAGGAGAACUGGAAGUUCGAGAAGAACAAUGACUUUGGUGAUGUUGUUUACACUUUUGAAAUACCUUUCCAUGGCAAGACCUUUAUUUUAAAGGCCUUCCUGCAGUGCUCUGCUGAAACGGUUUACCAGGAGGUUAUUCUCCAGCCUGAGAAGAUGAUCCUGUGGAACAGAACAGUGGCAGCUUGCCAGAUCUUGCAGCGGGUUGAAGACAACACAAUCGUCUCGUACGACGUGGCAGCUGGGGCCGCAGGCGGUGUCGUUUCCCCAAGGGAUUUUGUGAACGUGCGCCGGAUCGAGAGAAGAAGAGACAGGUACGUUUCCUCGGGGAUAUCGACCACGCACAGCCUGAAGCCUCCGCUCUCCAAGUAUGUCAGGGGUGAGAACGGGCCCGGAGGAUUCAUCGUGCUGAAAUGUCCCAGCAACCCCAGGGUCUGCACGUUCAUCUGGAUUCUCAACACGGACCUGAAG